UGUGACGAAACACCAAUUUCACAAGAUACAACAAACUAUAUAAACUCGAAAGAGUGAAAUAAAUUAUUUUUUAAAGCAAAUCUUUAAGGGUAAUAAACGAAUCAUUCAGUACAUAGGAGAUCCAAGAAGAAACUCCUUGCACAUAUCAUAGAAUAUAAAUAGAAGCAAUUAGAUAGGUCAUCUUCACAAUCACCAAUCAUUCAUUUCCAACAAAUUAGAAGCUAGAGAGAGAUUUCCAUCAAUAAAUUUUUUGUUUAUUUUUCGUGUUCAUUGACAUUUUUACAAAAUGGCAGUAAAUAUGGAAGGUGGAAACACACACUUUUACGAUGAAAUCGAACCCUUUUGUCGAUGGAGAAGAAUGGAAGACAUCGACAUUCUUGAGCUACAUCUUCCUUCAGGUUUGAAGAAAGAGCAUCUUAAAAUACAGAUCAACCACAGUGGUGUACUAACAAUAACAGGAGGCUGUCAUGUGGACCAGACCAAAUCAAUCAGGUUCAUGAAAGAAACAAAAGUUGCGAAAAAUUGUAAAAGAAAUGAGAUUCGCGCGAAGUUCUCAAAGGGAGUUUUGUAUGUGACAAUGCCAAAGACAAGCCCUAUAACAGCUGGUCCCUCGGUCGCUUUGAAGGGAGCCACAUCACAAACUCGAGACCCUAAAACAGAUGAGGAUAUGAGAAAUGUAGCAAACUGUUCAAGUGAAUUUUAUAUCAAGUUUGGCUCAUUGAAGCAAAGACUAUGGAGGAAGACAGUAGUGGAGGGUGUGGCCGCUGUGGUGGUUGUGGUUGCUGCAGUUUUAGGAGUGGUUAAAGCGUACCAAUAUUUUAUGGCAUCACCUGUGUGAUCAAGUUUCAAUAAGACCAUGGAUGUGCAUUGUUUCCGAUUGGUAUGAUGUAAUACAUUGGUUUAUUAUUUUUCACAUUACAGAAGUUAUUCUUCAUGAAAACUAAAUAAGUAUAAAUCA